AUGGCCAAGGAAAUGGCCACAGACAUUAGGGGCACAGGGCCCCCCCCGAUCGCAGUUGCAAGCAGCCUCCGUCGUCCCGGUGACUGCGACAACGCUCGUCGAGAGAGCGGCAGUGAUGUGCAGCUGCUUGAGAGCCCCCAGCCGCAUAGCCAGAUGGACCCUCAUAGAUAUGCCAUGGCUUUGAUUCUCUUCGCGAAACUCUCUGGCAUCGUGGAGUUGUCGGAGUCUGCCGUGUCAGAAUCGAAUCUCGCAGGUCUGCAGUCUCGCAGCCCUGGAGAUAGCGAGCACUUUAUUUUGACCAGAGGCCGCCGUCCACCAAAUGCAGCGAGGGAGUUCCGCGCCGACAACCCUGUCGGAGGCAACUCGCGGCCUGUCGCCUUGUACCACGGGGGCGAGAGGAGCCCAUGUGUCAACUGGAAUAUGCGUACGUACCGGACAACUAAUUCCGCGCCAGAUCCGGGAGGUUCGCUGACCAGGUGUCCGUUGGUAGGUCUUGCAGAUCCCGCCGGGAGCUCGGAUACGGGCGAGCUGCAGUCUCCGCCGUCAAGGACGAUGUGCCGAGAUAUGAAACGGUAUGCCGUCUCUUGGGGAAUACCCGACGAGUUGGCGCAGCUUUACAGCUCGUCGGUGGUCAGGCUCUUUGCCGGCGCAUGUCGCAUGAUGGCAAUAUGCAGCCCUGGGCUCGUCGAUGUCGUCACCGACACCCUGCACCCGCUGUCUUCAAAGAUGCCUGGACCGCUGCCGGCGCUUGCUGCCGCUCUCUUUGACAUUGUAAAAGGGUGGCCGGAGAGGUUUGACACGGCCGACGCAGCGAGCCUUGUCCCCCGCGGGAUGGAGGUUUUUGGGUAUUUCCCGCCAUUGUUGACCGUCGACAGGAAGUACACCAGGACCAUGCUGCAGGCAGGAAGGCUGCUUGCCCUGGUGCUCGGCCGGAAAAAGCGAUGGAGCACGGUGAAGCGAGUGUCUCUGGAAAAUUUCCGGCUGAAUGCGAAACGACUUGAGCCGCAGGCGUUGAGGCUGAGGGGCUUUGUCCCCCGGGAUGUUCGGGGAGCUCUUCUCCGAGUCUUUAGACGGUACCGUGGCCGACGACUCUUGAACCGGCGGAGCGGCCACCUAGCCUCAGACUCAGGCUGCCUUACGCCCCCCGGGGAGGCUGGUUGCUCGCCCAACGGAUGGGCUGAGCUCGCCCAGAUCACCCAAUCUGCUGCGCACGGGCUCGGCGCUCAUGGGAGCUCGAAGACCCUGGGAGGUAGAUCCAGGGUGGUGGAAACCGAUGGAGCUUCGUCGAUAAACGUACGCCAGCGGGGAGCGGGCAGAAAGCUGUGCAUGCCUUCCCCGAAUGCGGCGUCACGGCAUUUGGCUCCCGAGAGAGCGGGCCCAGCUGUGGGAAUGGCAGGCAAGGUUGCCGCUGGUUAUAGUUAG